AUGCUCUCUGAUGCCAAGGGGCUAGCAGUAAAGAGCGCUAUGAAGUUGGAGGAGGAGGAGGAGGAGGAGGAGGAGGAGGAGGAGGACGAGGAGGAGGAGCGUGAGCAGGAGGCGAGUAGAAGUGAA